ACAAAUCAAAAAUUCACCCAGUUUUUCGAACAUGGAGAUUUCGACAAACACAGUUGCAAAGGUGGAGAGAGCCCGAAAACAAGACUGUAUGCGUGUGGAAGGAAGGCUUUAUA